UCUCUCAUCUUCACCUGCCAAAAAUGACCCAUUAAACCUUUGUCUUUUCUCAAUAUUUUCACAACCGACCAUGUUGUAUAACCGUAAUUUCCAAAUGUUAGCAUGGGCAAACACGUAAUCUAACAUGAUUUGGGAACGACUUUGAAUCGCCUUCUCCAAACCCUAAUCAGUCCGAACUCCCCGUAUGUAUAUGUUCGGCGAUGUCCUCUGAAGGGCACAUUGGUAAUUCAACUCCGGUGACUGUUCUGUAACGCCUUUCAUAAUUCACGCUGGUGUGUGGAAAUUUGAACAUUUCUUUUUAUUUUGGUUUCUUUCACUUUUUAGCUGCUUCUUCGUCCCCUCUUGCCCCUCUCUCUCUCUCUCUUCUUCUUCUUCUUCUUUGCCUUUUUGGUCUGCUUUGUUUGCUUUACAAUAGCUCCGGUGUUCGUCACUGGUUCAUGGAUAUUGAACCCUCCAGCUGGGAUCUUGGGGCCGGGGGUGUUUAUAUCUUUUCAUAAUUUGCAUGGCAACUUCGAAUUUGAAUUAUCAAACCAACACCAAAUCAAAUUCCGUUGUUCUUCUACUCCUUCUCCUCACCACUUUGAUCUUCCUCUUUCUCCGCCUCUUCGUCAUCAUUAGCCCUACAAAUCCAAUAACUCGUCACCAAUCAUCGUAUACUAUGGGCUCUAUGGCCAUACCCGCGUCACCUUUCAAGAGGGUUCUUCUCGAAUCUUCCACUCCAGUCUCAUCAACCAUGGAUUUGCAUCCAAAUGCCCAGACGAGCACACGACAGGCACGUGCUUCUUCUUCUUCGACUUCGAAGAGGAGAGACCAGUUUGGAGCUGAUGCGCACGAAGUUCCAAGCGGUCCGAACCCGAUUUCGAACUAGGUUAGCUGAGCCAAACAAUUUUUGGCUCCCCAAAAAACGGACCGAGUCGGGUGGAAUGGAUUGGGAUCCAGCCAUGGCAUUUUGGCGUCGAACUACUACUGUCUAUAGUUGGGUGCACGAAGAUUAAAGCAAGCUUUAUAUUCUAAUGAAAUUCCAAUUAAUUCUCGACCGAAUUUACAGGAGAAAAGGCUUGAAUUUCCAAGACAGGAACAGCUUCGGUAUUUCGAUAUAAUAUGUUUUUAUAAAUCUUGGUUUAUUUUUGGAAAAUCCGGCAAAGAUUUCUGUUCAAUUA